GACUCAUGAGUAGAGGCACUCUUGCCACUUAAUCGCUCCAUCACAUGCACCUGGCGGGAUCCAAACCUCCCAUCUCUUCGCUUCUAAAAUGCUAAAAUGCAAUGCUUUUCAUGUUCUGUCUCCGGGAUCAGAAUGCACCUUGUUCUCGCUGGCAUCUUACUGCCUGCAGGCUGGGUUGCCUGGGAAUGUGGUCAUUCAUGCCUGCACCAUGACAGUAGCCAUGCGGGAUGCUGUCAGUGGCUCAAAAGAAAGCCCCAGGGACAACAACGGGGCUCUCUUCACCUCCGGGAAGCAGACACUUGUGUGGGGAGAUGGACAGCGUGAAUAAGCAACAUUUCCAAAGACUCAGAAGUGGGCUGAGCACCACUCCAGAAAGAAGAGGCCUGUUGAGAUGAACCCAUGGUCCAGUUACAUGUUGGGAUGGAUAACCUUCCUCCUCUACUCCCAUGAGACAAGUGGAAAUCAGAAAGAUUCAUGUGUCUUUCCCUUCACCUACAAGGGGUCUUCUUACUUUUCUUGCAUCAAAACCAAUAGCCUCUCCCCUUGGUGUGCAACCAGAGCCAUUUAUGAUGGGCAGUGGAAGUACUGCAUGGCGGACGAUUACCCACGAUGCAUCUUCCCCUUCAUCUAUCGAGGAAGGUCCCAUAACAGCUGCAUCAUGGAGGGCAGCUUCCUUGGAAGGCUGUGGUGUUCCGUCACCUCCAGCUUUGAUGAGAAGCAGCAGUGGAAAUACUGUGAAACCAAUGAGUAUGGGGGAAAUUCUUUCAGCAAGCCCUGCAUCUUCCCCUCCAUCUACAGAAAUAGCACAAUCUUUGAGUGCCUUGAAGAUGAAAGCAACAAGUUCUGGUGCCCAACCACCGAGAACAUGGAUGAGGAUGGAAAGUGGAGCCUCUGUGCUGACACUAGAAUUUCCUCCUUGGUUCCUGGCUUUCCCUGCCACUUCCCAUUCAACUAUAAAAACAAGAAUUAUUUUAACUGUACUGACAAAGGCACAAAGCAGAACCUUACGUGGUGCGCAACCUCUUACAACUAUGACCGGGACCACACCUGGGUGUAUUGCUGAUGCAAAGGGGAGGACAAAUAUCUUCAGAGGAAGAUGGACGCACCAAGUUUAGAACCUGCUUCAUCUUUUUCAUUGAGUCUUUCAAGUUUAAUCGCUUUUAGAAACACCUUGUCCGCCAUUUUGCUUAAUCACUUGGUCCUUUGUGAAGAACAGAGGGGAAAUGUGGCAUAACCACCAAUAAAGGAGCCCACAGUUAACCCCGGGGCUGCCCUUUGUGCUUCCUGGAAUGAGAGAUAUGGUGAGGGACUGGAAUGUGUGGUGAAGGAAGCGUUGGUGACUGGGUUGGUGAGUCUCAUGGAGGGAGGUCAGAUUCUCAGCCCAGGGGCCCUUGGAAGUUAACUGCAGCCUGCUCUCUCUUUCUGGGAGCCCAUAGAUUUGGGUGGAGCAUUUAUAGAUACUUGUUAAAUCAUAAAUAAAUAAAUUAGUAAGUAAACAGAAGGUAGAAAAUUCAUUGCACUUGAUGUAAUGAGCACUGGGUAUUAUAUGCAACUGACAACUCACUGAAUUCUACCCCUGAAACUAAUAAUACAGUAUAUGUUAACUAAAAUGAAUUUAAAUAAAGAAUUUAAAAAAAAGAAAAUUCAUUGCAAGACUACCUUGACUAUU